GCUUCAUAAUUUGCAUGUUAAAGUAAAUGAUGGUGAAGAAACCGAAAAUAAAUAAAAAAACAGUCAUAGUAGUUUGACGGUGUAUGUCAAUAAGUGGUGUAAUAAAACAUGCAUGAUAUGAUAUCAGGCGAUAAAAUCAAAAACAAGAUAACAAUCAAAAUCCGUGAUCUGACGUAUGCUACUCUUUUAGUGAAAAAAAUGCAAUUUUAGAAAUCUAAUUUGAUUCAUUACGUUAUGUUGAACAACGUUAUACUUUAAUGGAAGCACUAUAAAUAUUUGAUGCGCAGGUCGGGGAGUUCAAACAAGCCUUUGGAUUAUUCAACGACGCAACUACAGACGAAACGUAUUCAAGGUAACACAGAAGAAGAAUAGCUGUUGAUACACCUGUUAUCUUUGCCUUGUCAUUAUCAUUAGAAAGAACCUCGUGACUUAAAACGUCAUGUAUCAGAGCACGGAUAAACUUGUUCCCAAUGAACAAGGGGUUGGAAAAAGUGAUUAUCAAGCAAUUGAAGGAGGAACAGGAGGAGGAGGCAAUGAAGCUGUACCCCAGUCAUUUCUGUCACAAGUUAAGAAGGCAAAAGAAGAAAACAUCGGAUGCUGCAGCUUCUGUCUUGCCUUCUUCGCACUUCUCAUCGGAUCACUGGUAUGGACGCUGGUUAUCAUCGUCAUCAUUACAGUUCCAAUCGUCAUGAUUGUUAUUGGAGCUGAAUAUUUCCAUGAUUGUCCUGCUCAGAAGAUGAUACCAAUCAGUCUGAUUGUUGCCGGAUGUGUUGCCAUGCUCAGCAACGUCAUCAAUUUUGUGGAUAGAUUCAAGAGAUUGUCUGAAACCGGUAUUCCUAAAAGACACACAGUCAUUGGAUGGAUUAACCUCGUUCUCAACUUGUUCAUGCUUGGAUGGUUCCUUGCUACUUGCUACUGGGUGUACAAUGCAAAUGGCGCGGAUUUCCAAGAUCCUAAGUCACUUACGUACUGCAAUCCCCACAUGUAUGGAUUUGUCUUCUGGUUCAUCAACUUCAUUUGGAUCUUCUUCGGCACAAUGGUUGUCAUUUCGGCAUUCGUCAUGUGCUUCGCCCUCAUGUGCUGGUAAAAAAAAAGAAAGAAGUGUUGUGGAAUAAUUUUCGAACAUUACAUUUUGUUCGUUUAUACCAUAGAUAUAAAUAUUUAUUGUGUUGUACAGAUUACUUAUGUUUUAUAUAAAUGAAGUGAUAUUCUAUACUAGUAUGAAGCUAUCAUGGACUGGAACUCGGAAGAUACCAACCUGGAAAAUUUUGAAGAUGUUUUUAUAUCAAUAAAUAAAAAAAAAUGCCAAAAAUAAAUAAUUAAAAAUAAAUCAAAUAUAAAAAGAAAUAAUAAUAAUGAAAUUAAUUAUCUCUAUUAUUCUAGAAAUCGCCUUCAAAUAUCUUACUCUAACUACUUAAUAAUAACUACUCUUUCAGUUACCUUAAUAAUGCAUUAAGUUUUAAUGAAAUGAGUCAGUUUAAUUGCUAUAAUUGACAAAAGGCUUAGAGAUAUGUAGUGUAUAAACAUACAUGUGACUUAAAAUGAACUUGUUUUGAAAAUUUUAUCGACAUGAUUUAUUAAAAGAAAUUAUUCCUGUUUCUCAGUAGCUUUAAAUGCAAUUAUUGCAUUAAAUAAUAAAAGUAUAACUAAUUAUUGAGUAAAAUUAUAAAAGUGAAACUAAUAAUUUCGUAAUUUGUAUUUACAAUAAAGAUGCCAAUGUUAAGUCACUUUUCAAUUACCUGCCAGUCAUUGAUCAAUCAGUUAUUAGUAUCAACCAAUUGGAAUGCGUUUCAAACUAAUACCUAACGGGCAUGCGCAAUUGCUUAAAAACAGAAUGAAACGUGAAUUUGUGAAAUUUCUAAAGCAUCUUUUUUGAACUUGGCAAGGCAGCCGACUAUGAACUAAAUCUGCUUUUUUCUUCUCUCAUCUUUGGUCUUUUAAGCAAUUAUUUUUAUUAUUUUAACUUAUUUCUAUUGCGGCUUUAAUAGAUUUAAAGUUAUUAGUUUUGUGCCAUGUUUUUGCCUGCAUCUCAUAUAAUCAUUUUUCUAUUUAUGCACUCAUUUCAUUUUUGGAAGUAGUAUUGUGUUUGUAAUUGUAUGUUGUAAAAAGAAACAUAAAUGUGAUGUUUUGAUGUCUGUAACACAUGAGUAUGUUUUUAUUUGAUUUCAUUCCUGUUAAAAUAUUGAAAAAAUUUAAUCAAUAAAAAUAUUUUAAAAAGUA